AUGCUAUUCGUCGGUGCACUAGCACAAGUAGAAGAUCAAGAUGUUCCAAUAAAUCUCGAUACACCCGAUAAUAGAAAGAAUUUACAUACAGUAGUAUAUAGUACUUUGGCAAUGAUUGUCAUAAGUUUAUGUGGAUGCCUUUAUGUUUUUUAUAGAACAUAUAAUCAAUGGAAAUUUAAUAAAUCAAGAAAAAAAUCAUUAAUGAUGAUUUACAAGUUGCCGUUCUACACUGCUUGUACUGCUUUAGGCAAGUCAAUGGGAGGAAUUGGUAAUGCAAUUCAAUACAUGAUAAAUGAAGGAAUUGUUGCUAGUGCAUCAACAGGAUUCGAAUCCCCAAAUAUCGAAUUGAUAAGAACCAAUAAUGAAUCAAAUGACAAUUCAUAUAUGAAAAAUAUCAAUUAUGUAAAUGAGACAAACAAAGAAAAGCAUAGCGAUGAUAGCGAUGAUGCAAAUAUUAUGGAUAAGAACGAAAAUAGCAAUAUUAUAUUUAAUAAUGAAAAUAACAACUGA